CUGCACGGCUCCCGCAGCACCUCUCCUGCCCCAUCGGCACCCCCGCAGCCCCGGCCGCCCUCCCGAGGCGCAGAGAUGAGCCAGGCCAGGCCUCGCUAUGCCAUCGAACGUCCUGCCUACUCUGUCAGCCUCUUCGACGAGGAGUUUGAGAAGAAAACCAGAGCUUACCCCGUCGGGGAGAAACUGAGAAACCUUUUCAGAUGUUCAGCUUCCAGGCUCAAGCUCACCCUCUUCUGCCUGUUCCCCAUCCUGGAGUGGCUUCCCAAGUACAAAAUCAAGGACUACAUCCUGCCUGAUGUCCUGGGGGGGCUCAGUGCAGGGACAAUCCAAGUGCCACAAGGGAUGGCCUUUGCCCUCCUGGCCAAUCUGCCUCCUGUCAACGGCCUCUACUCCUCCUUCUUCCCCCUGCUCCCCUACUUCUUCCUCGGGGGCAUCCAUCAGAUGGUGCCAGGGACUUUUGCUGUCAUCAGCAUUAUUGUUGGCAAUAUCUGCAACGAGCUGGCCCCGGAGUCGGACUUCCAGUACUUCAACCAGAGCACCAAUGAGAGCAGGGUGAACACCACGGCCCUGGAGGCAGCCAGGCUGGAGAUCUCUGCCACCCUGGCCUGCCUGACAGCCAUCAUUCAGCUGUGCCUGGGCUUCCUGCAGUUUGGCUUCGUGGCCAUCUACCUGUCAGAGUCCUUCAUCAGGGGCUUCAUGACGGCGGCGGGGCUGCAGAUCCUCAUCUCCGUGCUCAAGUACGUCUUCGGCUUGACAGUCCCGUCUUACACCGGGCCCUUAGCUAUCGUCUACACAUUCAUUGACAUUUGUAAAGGUCUGCCCCAAACCAACCUGGCCUCCCUGGUCUAUGCCUUGGUCAGCGCUGUGCUCCUGAUCGUGGUCAAGGAGCUCAACCUGAAGUACAUGAAGAAGAUCCGGAUGCCCAUCCCGAUGGAGAUCAUCAUUGUGAUCGUGGCCACCGCAAUCUCCGGCAGCUUCAACAUGCCCGACAAGUACGGGAUGCCAAUAGUGGGGAAAAUCAGCAUGGGGUUCCCAGAGCCCACCCUGCCCCUGGUGAGCAAGUGGAAGGACAUGGUGGGCACGGCGUUCUCGCUUGCCAUCGUGGGCUACGUGAUCAACCUGGCCAUGGGGAGGACCCUGGCAGCCAAGCAUGGCUACAACGUGGACCCCAACCAGGAAAUGCUGGCCCUGGGCUGCAGCAACUUCUUUGGAUCCUUCUUCAAAAUCCACGUGAUCUGCUGUGCUCUCUCUGUCACCCUGGCCGUGGAUGGGGCAGGAGCGAGAUCCCAAGUGGCAAGUUUCUUUGUGGCUCUGGUGGUCAUGGUGACAAUGCUGUCCCUGGGAAUCUACCUCGAGCCUCUUCCAAAGUCUGUGCUGGGAGCCCUCAUUGCUGUGAACCUGAAAAACUCCCUCAAGCAGCUGGCUGACCCCUUCUACCUGUGGAAGAAGAGCAAGCUGGACUGUCUGGUCUGGCUCGUGAGUUUCUUCUCCGCUUUCUUCCUGAGCCUCCCCUAUGGAGUGGCGGUGGGCGUGGGAUUCUCCGUGCUCGUCGUGGUUUUCCACACCCAGUUCCGCAACGGCUCUGCCCUGGGCCAGGUGACUUCCACUGACAUCUACAAGAACCCCAAAACCUACAACAAGGUCCAUGAAGUUAAUGGGAUUAAAAUCAUCACCUACUGCUCGCCGCUGUAUUUUGCCAACUCAGAGAUAUUCCGGGAGAAAAUCAUAGCCAAGACAGGGGUGGAUCCUGGCAAGGUGUACUUGGCCAGGAGGAAAUUUGUGAAACAGCAGGGGAAGGGCACAGCACAAGCACCAGCAAAGCUCCCAAAAUUCCUCCUGAAGGAGAACAAGACCUUGUCUUUGCAAGAGCUCCAGAAGGACUUUGAGGGCGCCUCUCCAACAGACACCAACAACAACCAGACCACUGCCAACGGUGCCAGCAUCUCCUACGUCACAUUCCACCCUCCUGCCCCCGGGGCUGGGCCAGGGCAGAGCCCUGGGCAGCUGGGCAGCAGCACCACCCUGCAGGGCAGCACCCUCAGCGUGCUGCCCACGGCAGACACCGACCCUGUGCUGACAGCACCGCCCUACAUCAGCUUCCACACCAUCAUCCUGGACAUGAGCGGGGUGUGCUUCGUGGACCUGAUGGGCACAAAGGCUCUGAGCAAGUUGUGUUCCAGUUACCAGAAGAUUGGGAUCAAAGUGUUCUUGGCAAACGUGCAUGCCCAGGUGUUCGAUGACAUCAGCACAGGGGGAGUCUUUGAGGAAGGAGGCCUGGACCCAAGUCACAUCUUCCUGACCAUCCACGAUGCUGUUUUGUUUGCACUGGCCAGUAUCAGGGAAUUUGUUCACCCACCCAUCUUGGAAGAGAGGCCGACCCAGACAGAGCUCUCCAUCUAUGAUGAGUCUGUGGAUGAGGGCAGUGCAGAAUACAAGAACUUGGAGGAGGAGAUGUUUGGGAGCAUGUUCCACUCAGAGACCCAGACAGCUCUGUGAGCACAGCAAGCACUGGCCAAACCCUCCAGAGGAGACUCCUCUCUCCCACCCCUCUGUGGAGAGCUGUGCUUCUACCUGGGGAUACAACAGGUUUGCAACGAGGCCAUCGCCCUCCAGAACUGCCAGAUCCUCCCUCCUCCCUGCUCUGCUCGUGGCAAACCCUCCAGGGGAGACUCCUCCAGCUCCUCCAGGGGAGACUCCUCCAGACCCUCCAGGGGAGACUCCUCCAGACCCUCCAGGGGAGACUCCUCCAGACCCUCCUGAGGAGACUCCUCCAGCCCCUCCAGGGGAGACUCCUCCAGACCCUCCUGAGGAGAAUCCUCCAGACCCUCCUGAGGAGACUCCUCCAGCCCCUCCAGGGGAGACUCCUCCAGAGGAGAUUCCUCUCUCCCACCCUUCCAUGGAGAGCUGUGCUUCUGCCUGGGGAUGGAACAGGUUUGCAACGAGGCCAUCGCCCUCCAGAGCUGCCAAAUCCUCCCUGCUGUGCCCGUGGCACCCAGAGCAGAGGACUCUGGAGCAGGUAGAGCUCAGGAGAUGCCAUCUCAUGGAUUCUCAGCUGGAGGCAGGUGCCUGAGCUCAGGGGACGUUCAGCCACCCCUCUGUCCCUCACCAUCCUCCUGCCCACCUGGAAUUGCAUCCCCUGGUCCUGCUCCUUGCCUUUCCCUCCUCCCCGUUUCCCCCAGCCAGUGAAACACAAGCAAACACUGGAAGCUUUCAGGAGGGGUGGCAGGGCAGCUGUGCCAGCUGCUGCUGCUCUCUGAUGUGCACUGACCCCGGGGGGGGCUGGCACUGCCACCCCCCGAAUUUCCCUGUGUGUCUCUGCAGCCUCUGCCUCUCCUCCUCUGUGUCCCAGCAGCCCAAAAAACACUGCCUCAGCCCUGUGCUGUGUUUCUGGCACCCCAAAGACCUCAGGAAUUAUUCACUAAAUUCUGAAAUAUAUAUAUUUUUUUCUUACUAAUAGGACAGGCUUGUACUCAGAAAUAAGAAUUAUGUGCAUGUUGUCCUGCCUGCCCAGUGGGUUGAGUACAUGAAAACAGAGUCUAUUUUAAAAUGCUAAAUUUUCUAUUUUAACACUCUAAAAUACUACAAAUGCAAGCAAGCUUUAGUGUCUGGUUUUGAAGCACACAGACAUUAUUGAGCUGAUGGCUGAAGGCUUCCUGGGGCUUUCCUGCAGCUCCCAGAUGUCUCAUUUUUGAGGAAAAUAGAGUUUCCUGCACCAUCCUUGCUAGGCAGUCACUGAAGGAAACAACAGCAGCAGCCUGCCAGUUUGGUUUUAUGUAACAUCUCAAUAACCAAGCCACCAUUUCUCUACCUCAAUUUCUGAUGAUGUGGUGCAGGGGAGUAAUAAAACCAAAGGAGGGCAGAAAACCCCACUAGCUGAUGGUUAUUACUUAUUUUAAUCUUAGACAACAGUGGUUUCUCCAGAAAUCUCCAUGUUUACCUUGUUUUACGAGGUAAAAGCAAGAGAUUGAGUCUCUUAAAUGAUCUUUGAGGGUGAUUCCUCAUGGCCUUUUGUACUGCCUGAGUGCUCCUUUUUAAAAGUGAUAAUUUGGAAAGAAAAGCAAUGAAGAAAUCGGUGCAGAGCAACAAGAAACUGUCCUGAUCAAUAUUUUUGGGUCUCUGAGGUGG